AUGGUAUGUGGUGGCAAUUUCCGUCAAAUAUUGCCAGUUGUCCCAAAGGGUACAAGAGCUGACAUUGUUGAUGUUUCUCUUAACUCAUUCUACUUGUGGUCAUUUUUUAAAAUAUAUCAGCUCAACCAAAAUAUGAGGCUUUAUAAUGGAAGUGUAAGUAGCUCUGAAGCUGCUAAAAUAGCUUCUUUUGACAAAUGGUUGUUGCAGAUUGGAGAUGGUUCAUUAUAUGAUGACACUGAUAGAGAAUUAAUCAAAAUUCCUUCUGAUAUAUGGAAAAACUCAUCUAAAGAUCCAAUGAAAUCUAUAGUUGAUGCUAUCUACCCUUCACUUUUGCAUAAGUACAACGAUCUAGCAUAUUUGAAAGAAAGAGCAAUAUUAAUGCCAAAAAAUGAAAUGGUUCAUGAGUUGAAUGAGAUGAUUAUGAAUAUAAUACCAAGAAAAGGGAUAACCUAUUUCAGCUCUGACAAUAUAUGCAAAGCAAGCAUCAACACAAAUGAUGAAGAUCUUAUGUACCCAAUGGAAUUUUUGCAUAAUUUGAAAAUUAAUGGCAUCCCAAAUUAUGACAUACGACUUAAGGAAGGUGCCCUUAUAAUGCUUCUUAGAAAUCUAAAUCAAACAAAAGGUCUAUGCAAUGGCACAAGGUUGAUUGUCACCCAUCUUGGUAAAUUGUCAAUUAGAGGUGACAUCAUUUAUGGAACAAAUAUUGGUCAGAACAUAACAAUUCCAAAAAUUAUCAUGUCUCCCAAUGAAUCAAGGUGGCCAUUCAAGCUCAAUAGAUGA